CGGGCCGCGCCCCCGCGGGCCGUGCCCCCUGGAGGCCCGUCUGCGGCGCCACCCGCGCCACCCCCUCCGCACGACCCCCGCACCACCACCGGCUGGACAAACGCCGCGGGACAAACCCGAAUAAACAACACUCGAAUCGACGCGCGGGAGUGGCGCAGGGCAGGCACGACGCAGGCAGUGACACUGGAGACAUUAGGGACGGCGGCCGCGUCCAGCCGGACUGCAGUGGACUCCCAGCCCGCCCAUGUUGUGGCCUGGAGGCGAGCCUGGAGGCGACCCCGGAGGCGAGCCUGGGGGGCUCGGAGUGUAGCGCGCGCCCCGGAGGACUUGUCAGCACGUUGCCGUUCUCAGGCACAACAUCAGCCGCCGCUGGAGAUGGCGACACGAAGCACUGGGCGGGGUGGGCGCGGCCCCCGUUACAGUGCUCGCCGAGGUACUCGCGCGCGCCCACCGCCACCCUGGACAGCAGCCCGCCGAGCUUCCUCGAGGCCGUGACGGGCCACCCGCGCCGACCGCCGCACAUGCAGCUGUUCGUCCUCGGCUACGGUGAGCGAGGCGACCAUGACGAGGACGGUCUCCGGCCCCGCGCGUGCAGCGUCGGUGUGGACGACGCGGCCGCGGAGGCGGGGGCGGCUACCGCGGCGGCGAGGGCGCGCGCCCGGGCGGCGGCGCUCCGGCAGCGCUUGGGGGCCGUGCGGGACGGCCAGGACCGCGAACAACACCCGACGCCGGCCUUCGUGGACGGGUCGCGAUCCAGGGUGGCCACGCCCAUGGGCACCCUGCUGUCCGGAGCCAUGGACGACACCGACGACGACGACGACGGCGACGUGCCGCCGACCUACGGCCUGUUCCAGGCCCCGCAGGGUGACGCGUCGUCCCCCGUCCCACCGGAGGAGCACCCGGACGCGUUCGCCAACGCCGUGCACCUGCCGGUGAGCAUCGGCCAGGCGCUGUCCUUGAUGCCCGCGAACUCCUUGACGGGGUCCUGGAGCAGCCAGCGGGCGGCCUACUCGGUGGGCGUCAGUGCGGGGCUCACGGUCCUCGCCGUCCUCAGCGCCGUCAGGCAGUUCUCGCGAGAAAAAGUGUCGAUCGUCGACGUUAUGGUGGUGGUGUUCUAUGGGCUGAGCGCGGUCACCUCGUGGCUCUUCUUCCGGUUCGCCCGCUACUGGGGCUUGCUGCUGCGAGCCUUCCGCGCCCAGGAGCGACACCUCGGGCCGUGUCCGGGACUCCGGAGGAAGGUCGUGUUUAUCACCGUGCUGCUCCUCGGCGUGGCGUUCGUGGAACACGGUCUCUCCGAGAUGGAAAUCACGCUCAAUCUCAGGAGAAGCCACCCGAACGCUUCGACGUUUUCCGAAUACUUGGAAAUCUACUAUUCUGCCAAUUAUGACAUGUUGAUUGUCGUGAUAGGCUACUGGCCACUGCUGUCGCCCUUCUUCUUCUUCCUGAACUUCACCGCCACGUUCGUGUGGAACUACAACGACCUGUUCAUCAUGGUCGUGAGCGUCGCGCUGGCCGCCCGCUUCCGCUGCCUGCGGGACUCCAUCUCCAGGUCCAUCGGCGGCACGGUCGGCACGAAGGCAAGCCCAGGGCCCGACCCUAACAUAAUCCCAAAACGGAAUGAGGGGAGGAAAGUAAUGGCGAUUCUGUCCUUUCGUAAUUGUUUUCAAAUCGUUUGGACUGGCAUUCUGUCCGAAAGUCAGGUUUCAUUUUCACUCCCCAUCCGCAUAGCCAUCUGGCAGGAAGGGAGAGAGAGAGAGAAGAAUGUAAUUGGCAAUAACAUUAUGAAGAAAACUCAAUUUGAACAAAUUUUGGACAUUCGUCACCUAGUCAGAUUAUCAGUGAUAUAUGCUAGCCCUAGGCCUAUAGCCUACAUUUUUGCUUCAACACAUGAUUCAGCAUAUGGAUGUGACCACUUAGUGGUCAUGCCGAUGCCGUACCCAAUAUGUGUCGAAAGACAUUUGUUUUUGAUUCGUUGGUCAAAUUUAAGCGGCGGCGCGUCGUGGAAUCCCAAGGGCAGUGAUGUUAAUGUGGCCAACCGCACGCCUUGUUGUGGUGGGAGAAUGAGACGAUCGCCGUAG